UACAGAGAGCUCGAGAUCACGCGAGCGAUGGCUGCUGCUGCAGCGCACCGCUGGAUUGUGUUUACGACCUGGAGCACGAGGCCGUCACAGCCUUCGGAGGGAAGAGCUCCGCGCGCGCCCGCUUUUUGAACGCACGGUCUUUCUUCACGCGCAGCGUCUGGGCUCCGUGAGGCUUCUCGCUACAUCAGAGCGUUCCGUCUGACGUCUUCUGCGCUCGGUUAGUGAAGGCGCUGUUUUGGAGCGCAGCUGCUGGGGAGAGCGACCAUCCUCCAGCCUGGUACCAGAUUACAGGACACCGAGCCUUCUUUUUCUACAUCGGUGAACUAUCACGCCCGCCGCUGGAAUCUUGAACGGCCCGGCAGCGUCAGGUCCUGUCUCCAUCCAGCAGCGCCGCACCUAGAGGCGGAGGUGGUGUCGCUGUGGGGGGGAAUCCGAGAGCAUCCCUCCAUCCCGCGGAGGCAAUCGCUCCCUCUCGUUUCCGGACCCUCUUCGCCCCAUUAUAUGCUAGAGAUCUAGAGGGGGGUCUCAUCUUGCCAGUAAGGGGUGGAGGGAGGCUGUCCGUGGCCGCGGAACACGCACCCUCCGCCUGCUGAGGCUGGGCUGAAGCGCCGCUGUGUUGAAGGAUGCUGCGGGAGUAAAGCGGCUCAGAGCGGAAGAUGGGGAAGGACCAGGAAUUGCUGCAGGCGGUGAAGACCGAGGACCUUCUCACCGUGCAGAAGCUGCUGCAGAGGCCCAGACCAGGGAAAGCAAAGCUCCUUGGUUCUACGAAGAAGGUGAAUGUGAACUUUCAGGAUACAGAUGGGUUCUCUCCCCUGCAUCAUGCAGCUCUUAAUGGGAAUCUGGAGCUGGUCUCUCUGCUGUUGGAGUCGCAAGCCGCUGUCGACAUCAGAGACCAGAAAGGAAUGCGGCCGCUGCACUAUGCCGCCUGGCUGGGGAAAGCUGAGCCCAUGAAGAUGCUGCUGAAGUCAGGUUCAUCUGUCAACGGCCAAUCAGACGAGGGCCAGAUACCUCUGCACCUGUCAGCACAACACGGCCACUAUGAGGUGUCUGAAAUGUUGCUGCAGCACCAGUCCAACCCAUGCAUCGUGGAUAAUGCAGGAAAAACACCCCUGGAUCUGGCCUGUGAAUUCGGCAGAGUCGGGGUGGUCCAGUUGUUGCUUUCUAGUAAUAUGUGCGCAGCUUUGUUGGAACCUAAAAAAGGAGACACUGCAGACCCCAAUGGGACGUCUCCGCUCCAUCUGGCUGCCAAAAAUGGACAUAUAGACAUCAUCAGACUGCUGAUCCAGGCAGGCAUUGACAUCAACCGACAGACCAAGGCGGGCACUGCCCUGCAUGAAGCAGCCCUAUGUGGAAAGACUGAGGUAGUGAGACUCCUGCUGGAGAGCGGUAUCAACGCAGCUGUUAGAAAUACCUACAGCCAGACCGCGCUUGACAUCGUCUACCAGUUCACAGCAACACAGGCUAGCAGGGAGAUAAAGCAGCUGCUGAGGGAUGCAUCAGCAGCCCUGCAGGUUCGGGCUCUGAAGGAUUACUGCAACAACUACGACCUGACCAGCCUCAACAUCAAAGCUGGAGACGUCAUCACGGUAUUGGAGCAACAUCCUGACGGACGCUGGAAAGGCUGUAUCCAUGACAACCGAACAGGAAAUGAUCGAGUGGGGUACUUUCCAUCUACUUUGGUUGAGGUCAUCAGCAAGCGCACAGGUUUGGCCAGCACAGUCAUUUGCACUCAACAAUUUCAAAAGAUACCGCUGGUUCCGCCGGCGACGGUUGCCCCUGCCAACGCGGUAGUCAACGGCACCGACACCACGUUUCAUCAGAUCCAUAUCCUGCCUCCACCGCCUCCUCCUCCACCACAUUCCCAUCAGCCACUGCUUCCACUUUUUACUUCCUUUGGGUAUAACAGGUCGCCCGUGACAACUCCACAGGGAGACACACCCACUACCCCAGGUUGUCGAGGCUCAGAGGCAAGUCCUAACAGUUCUCCCACCCCAUCCAGAGGGCCCCAUGGAGGCUCCAACGAAGAGAUCUGGGUUCUGCGCAAGCCAGUGGCAGGUGUAGAUCGCAGCAGCAUCGGGAGUUCUGGGAGUGUGACCAGUGUGAGGUCUUCAGGCAGCGGUCAGAGCACCACCAGCGCUGCGCACAUCCUCCAUGCGCAGGCGGAGGGCGUGAAGCUUUUAGCCACGGUUUUGUCCCAGUCUGCCAAAGCCAAGGAGCAUCUGAUGGAACAGUCCAAGUCUUUGGAGCAACCUGCAGGCUCUGCCGGCUCCUCGCGGACGUCAAGCCAGUCAGGCUGUCUGCUCCACGAAGCGCCGCCUUACGAUGCCACGGCAACCAGGAAGGGGGAGGUUCCAUGCGAAGGGAAGAGCUCAGAGGCCGUUGUCCAAUGGCUGAGCGACUUUCAGCUGCAGGUCUACGCUCCAAACUUCCAGGGUGCGGGCUAUGACUUACCCACCAUUAGCCGAAUGACUCCGGAGGAUCUGACAGCUAUCGGAAUAACUAAACCAGGUCACCGAAAGAAGAUUAUGUCAGAGGUUAACAAGCUCAGUGUCACUGAGUGGCUGCCAGAGCAGAAACCGAACAACCUGGGGGAAUGGCUGUCGGCUAUAGGUCUGAGCCAGUACCACCAGGUUUUGGUGCAAAACGGUUAUGAAAACAUCGACUUCAUCACAGACAUCACCUGGGAAGAUCUGCAGGAAAUCGGCAUCACGAAACUCGGUCACCAGAAGAAGCUGAUGCUGGCUGUGAAGCGGUUGGCUGACAUGCAGCGCAGCUCAGAUGGGCGGGGCUCUCUUCGAAAGAAGCCACCCCCAAUCACACAGCAGCAGGAAGUCAUCUCAAUGGACAGCCCGCCCCUUGAUGAGGUCAUCAUGUCUCCAAAGAUGAGUACCUUCCAGGACACUGAAUUGAGCUCAGAGCUACAAAAUGCCAUCACUCACCCAGGUCAAGAGGUCAGGGUUCAGAGAACUCGCACCCUUAGCAAGGACCAGGAAGAGGUGAUUGUGGUGAGUGGUGGUCCGCCGAAGAAGGAGGCACGAACGGUGAGGCAAGAAAGCAGCCAGGGAAGCACCUCAUCCCACAGAGGCAGUGUUUCAUCGCAAGGCAAACACCGUCACUCUCACAACCAGCCUGCACCUCCCUACACACCCCCACAUACACCCACCAAGACCAGAACAAUAUCUUCCUCCUCCACCUCCUCUGCUCAGAGCACAGCUUCACCACAGAGCAAAACCAAACCAUCUCCCCAGUCCAUACAAGGGGAGCAACCUCAGUCGUACUCACAACCCCCUCAGUCUCCGACCCACCGUGGAGCCGCAUGCCAAGUCCCCCAGCAGCAGCAGCCGCAACCUCAAGUUCAGCAGCAGCAUCAGCCCCACCCUCAUCACCACCCACAGACACAGAUAAUGGAGGUUAGAGAAAGCCCACAGCAGCAGGUUCCACACCUUUGUCUACCACCUGAAGCCGAACUGGAAAAGGCUGAGGGAGCAGAACCCUCAGCCCUCAAGAAGAAACGUACCCACAGCCUCAACCGAUAUGCUGUCUCAGAUGGGGAGUGUGAUGAGAGGGUAGGGGGUGGAGAAGGUGGAGGUGGAGGAGAAAGAGAAGCAGAGGCAGCAGUAGCUCAGGGCUCCAUGGUUGUAAGAGCGGAAGGAGGCAAGUACGCCACAGUGACCCACCGUGUGAGCCGCAGCCAUUCUGUCCGCAACCAGGAAAAGGCUGCCGGCCGCAGCCAGGCCCAGUCCUUUGCUUUGCGUCAAAAGAAAAAGGGUCCUCCACCACCCCCACCUAAACGCUCCAGCUCUGCCAUCUCCAGCUCCAACUCCAACUUGACAGAGGCCAACAUGCAGCAGCAGACACACACCACCACAGGAGGUAUGCUGGAUGUGCCUUACCACCAACAGCGGCGUGCCAGCGACCUGGGGAUGUCUGCGGAGACGGCUGCAGUGGAGACCAACAGCAUGGGUAGUGUGAGGAGCAUCGCCGCCAUGUUAGAGAUGUCUUCCAUUGGGGGCGGUGCCAAAGGCAUGGCACUACAGAAGAAUUACCUGCAGGUGGGAAAAACACGGGAGGCCAUUGGUCUGGAUGGUGAAGUGGUGAACCGGCGGCGAACCAUCAGUGGGCCUGUAACUGAGCUGGUGGAGGCUGCCAGGCGGGAACAACCUUCUCCCCUGGGUUUCGCCCCAACCUCUAUCCAACCCCAACCUCAAUCCUCCCCUCCUCUUGUGAACUCCUCUUCACCUCACCCUCCAUCUUCUCCGCUUCCCUGCUCGGGAGGCAGCGGCAACUCAUCAGAGCACCUUCCAUUUGCCGAAGAGGGAAGCCUUACUAUCCGCCGUCAAGCUCGAGGAGAAGGAGAAGGACAGGGUGAUGGCGACGCCCCCCCUGGAGACGGGGCUUUCACCCUGGAGGACACCCCUGAAGCCACCGGAACUUUAAAACGACGGCCUCGCAUUUCCAAGUCCCACCCCAACGGCUCGGACUUCACCCUUCAGGAGUCAUCCACCGUUAAACGGCGGCCAAAGAGCCGCGACAAAGAGCCUGAAGGCUAUGCUGAAAUGGCUGCUGCUAACGGGGAAACGGUUAGCACCGAGCAGCCCAACAACAUGCAGCCAGUACCGUACCAGAACGGCACGGUCACUGUAAAACGCCGCCCAACGUCUGAUGCUGGAGUGACAGAACAGCCGCAACCUCAGGCUCAACUUCAGAAUCAGCCUCAGCAUCAUCCUCAGCAUCAACAUCAACCUCAGCAACAAGUGACUACAACUCCCCGCAGGGACAGUGUGGACCAGGGAGCUCCUGCAGCAAAUGAAGGAGGUCCUGUGAGGAAACCAAAACCUCCGGUAUCCCCAAAACCUGUCGUGGCACAGAUAAAGAGGCAAGGAGGCCCACAGACCCCACCACAGGCUGCCCCCAAUAAGAGGGUUCCCCUGCCAGGGCCAGGGACCCCUGGAAGUCCAGUGGAAGGAAAGAAGAUCCCCCCACCGGUCUCACCUAAACCAGCACCCCCACCCACAGCGCCAAAACCAGCCAAGCUGGUCCACUCUAUGACAAGUCCUGCCUCCCCAACCUCAGCUUCCACCCAAGCUAAGCAGCACUCUGUGGUGGCACGACAGACCAGUUCACCCACCUCCAUUCUGCCAUGCAACACCCCUAACCCCCCAGUCGCCAAGCCGACAAGCCCUUCUUCUCAAAGCCCCCACACGCCACAGACUCCCACUACUCCUCAGACACCCCAGACCCCUGCCACUCCCAGCCCGACUCCGCCACCCGUAAAGCCCCCCCGCUCAUCUAUUGGGGGUGUGUCAGUGGACAGUGGGAUUGCAGGGGGCGCUGUCACACCACAGGCCCCCACAACAGCAGACUUUGGUGUAGACUCUUUGGUGCAUCAGAAGCUGGAGGAGACAAGCGCAUCACUGGCUGCUGCUCUACAGGCUGUGGAAGAUAAGAUUUUGCGGCAGGACGAAUCUGUGGCUGAGCAGAAGACCACGGUGAGCAUCCUCGAUGACAUCGGCAGCAUGUUUGACGACUUGGCUGACCAGCUGGACGCCAUGUUGGAGUAACAGCAGAAACUGAUCAGUCAAUCUCCAUGGCAACGCUGCAUCAAGACUGAAUCAGAUGGCGCAAGAGGCAACCCUCCUCCCUAUCUCUCUCUCUUCUUCUCUUCAUCCACCUCUCUCUGCCACGCUCAUCUCCUCUUAGCCCCGGGCUGCUGUUCGUCCAUUUGUCCAUCGCUGCUCCAGAGGGAACUUGAUUCUUCUCUUCUAUUUCUCGUCUCUUUUCGCAUGGAGCAAAAAAAAAACAAAAAACAAAGUGACCGAGAUGGACCUGGACAGAGAUCUGGUGGUAAGAAGCAGCAGCACUGAAAUACGGAUGGAAAGAGGGGCAGAAAAAGAGAGAUUAAAAAGCCUAGGAGAGAAAAAAGAAAAAACACAAACAAGAAGGAUUCAUAAAGAAACGUAUCACCGUGGAGAAGACUGCAAUCACAAGGUGACUCUUUUAAGAACUCCACAUGGACUCUAUAAGUGAACAAAUACUAAUACAGAUUUAAAAACCAACUGUGUAAUGAAUCAUAGUAUGGUAUGUGUACAUUCUAAGCAUGGAGAGUUUAUAUCUACUGAAAAAGUCCUGCAUUAGCACAGUAAUAUAUGCUAUACGCCGAUAAAUAUGAAUCUCUAGCUCUUUGA